AUGAUAUAUAAAGAUUACUAGUUUAUCAACUAAUUAAUAAGUAAAUGUGACAUGGUUCAGGAUUACUCGUAUAAGCAGUAUAAGUAAUUUCUCAUGUAAUUUGUUAUAUCUUCGUGAUUGUAUUUAUGCAAAAUAUAACGAUAUUACUGUGAAUCUCUGUUGUCUCUGGCACAUGUCCCCCAUUGGGGAUACAGCCAUAAGGAAAGGAAGGAAUUUCUGUCGUCUGGAACGACGGUCGAUUGACAUGAUCCGAAGCAAAGCACUUUUGCUGAACCAAAAAUUUGUAGUCUUGCAAUUUUCGAUUAGAGAUUUACGAUACUUUUCAGGCAUCAAUGGUGUAUCGAGUUAUCCCUUCAUAAACAAUCGAAAAAUUCAACAAUAUCCGGCAUUUUCUGGUAACUUUGAAUGUAAAAAUAUUUAUUUAGAUAUUCAAUUUAUAUCAUGGCUAAUGUGUUAGCCGCAAAAAGUCAUUUAAAUUUUUCUAUCUUUUAUAAUCUACAAGCACAAACAAAAGCAAUGAGUGGAGAAGGAGACAAAAAGGCAUUAAUUGUUGACUAUAAUGAUUUGUUAGAGGCUCAAAAAGAUAAUAGUGUUUUAAUUAUUGAUGUACGCGAACAGGAUGAAAUAAAUAAAACAGGAAAACUCCCUGGUAGCAUUCAUAUACCAAUGGCUGAUGUUAGCAAUCUAUUAUCAAGUCUUUCUGAGGAUGCAUUCAAAGAGAAAUUUGGUAAAGCUAAACCUGCAAAAGAUACUAAAAUCAUACUAAGCUGCCAUGCUGGAAGAAGAAGUGCUAAAGUUCAAGAAGAAAUACAAAAAUUAGGAUAUGAAAGUGCUUAUAACUACGUAGGUGGCUGGAUGGAUUGGGAAAGCAAACAAAAAGUUUAACUGUGGAAGAUACAAGGCACAUAACGAGCAAUUCAUAUUACAACUUGCAAGCUAAUUCUAUUAAGGAAUGUUAAAACAUAGAAACUAUGAUAUAUUUGCACUUGUAUGAUAAUUCUUGGCAUAUUUUUUAUUUGAUUAGUCUUGUUAUACAGAGAAAUAUAGAUUAGUAUUUCAUA